AUGUGCGCCCCGGAGGACAGUGCGCCCGCGUGCGAUUCCGCCGCAACAAACGAAAGUAAGCAAAAGGAAGAGACCGAGGCACACUCGGAUAUCUCUACGAGCAUAAAUAAAUCUCCAGACAUGUCGAUCCACGCAAAAAAGAACGGCGAUGUGCGCGAAGAAAAGAGCCACGGUGGGCAAAGCGGCAAACCGUUCACCGUUGAGGAGCUGGAAGAGAUAAGGAAAAAUUGCAGCUACCUCAAAAUAAACGAAACGGAAAGUGACGAAUAUAGCAUAGAGCUGUACUUCCAUUUUAAGGAAUUCAAAUUGUUAAGGAAAAAAGACGAGACGGUAAAGUCCUUAAUAAAUAGGCUAAUUUUAAAUAUGAAAAAGUCGGACCGAAAAAGGAAGAAGCGGCCAAGUAAGAAGUACAGCCAAAGUGUGGAACAGCCCACGGGGAAUGACUCCACAAUAGAUAAGGAGGAGGGCCCACCAAAUGACAUCCGCUUUUUGGACAAGGAAAACAACCCUGUGGAUGAAAACUCGCUGCUGAUUAAUGUGGCGGACAAGCUAAGUUACAUCCUCAUUAAUCAGCACAGGGUGGAAGUAUUCAAUGGGCUGUAUGAUCUGAAGCAAAUUUACGUUUCCAUGGAUGUGUAUAGCGGGCACCCCAUCAUCCCGGUGAAUGCACCCAUGAAAGACCUCCAUUCGUAUGUGCACUACUGGACGUAUGCACAUGAUAAGAAGAUCCUAUCGCACGAUUUGUUUUACAAGCCAAGGAAGGAAGACACAAACAAAAGACUUCAACUCGUUAUAUAUAAUAAGAAUAACCCCUUCUUCUUCUACGUGACUAACGAAAUGGAAGUGCUGUCGAACGAAUUUGAGGAGGAGCUAAAAAGGAAAGGAGAAAGGUACCUCCAUUUUGAGAAGGUGCUAAAGACAGAUGACCCCAGCAGCGAUAACGUAAUACGCAUUUUGACCUACAACAUUCUUGCACCUAUUUAUACCAACACGAAGUACGCUCUGGAAUAUAUGUUUAAAAAUAUAGACCCCUGCUAUUUGAAAACGAAUUACAGAUCGCAUUUACUAAUUCAUGACAUCAGUUACGAUUAUGAUAUUAUUUGCCUGCAAGAGGUGAGCGAACAUCUGCAUUCCAACCUCUUCUCUGUGUACCUACAUGACGAAUUUUACUCCUCUUACAAGCCAAAGAACAGCUAUGGAAAUGACGGAUGUUCCUUAUUUGUUAAUAAAAAAAAGUUUGCCCUAAUUGAGUAUAAAAAUUAUGAAUUUAACCAAGUGGUGAAACUUCCUGAGUUGAAGGACGUGUACGAUGCAUUUAUCCAAUCGGGAAAUGACCUGGAGGAAAUCAUCAGAGAAAUUAAAACCGUUUUUCAAGUUGGCAUUUACACACAUAGGAGUAGCACAAAUGUAUUUCUCGUGGCGAACACACAUUUUUAUUUCCACAGUUUGGCUAGCCAUAUUAGAGCACUACAGUCGUAUAGCCUACUGCACAUUUUGGAAACGCUCAAAAGGGUGUAUGAACAGAAAUGCGGGAAAACGGUGUAUGUAGUGCUAAAUGGAGACUUCAACACAAAUUUCGAGUCAGAAGUUUUUUCCUUCCUCGAAGGAAAGGACAUUGAGUCAGAUUCGAACCUCUGGAUAAACUCCAAACUGUUUAAGAAGGAAUAUGACGAUUUGAAUAAAUACCCAACACUAUUUGACUUGGCAAAAAAUGGGCCUAAUAAGGAACAAAUUGUUGGCCCCCAUUUGGACAGGAAAAAAUUCCUGCCAUUAUAUUCCGCCUAUAAAAAGGGGGACAUUGCGUACACCAACUGGAAUAAUAACUUUAUUGACGUUUUGGAUUACAUCUUUUUGUCACCGGGGCUUAAGGUCAGACGGGUACUGAAGGGUAUCGACAAGGGAAUCUUCGACAAAUAUAAGGGGGUGCUAUCUCCCAUAAACCCCAGUGAUCACAUUAGCAUAGCUGCCGAGGUGGAAAUGUGA